UUUAGAAAACUUUCCCCUCCGGAUAUUUUUUCUCAUCCGAAUAUUAUGAAUCGAUCGUGUGAGGCUUUUUUUUCCAACACCAGAUCUAUUAACAUGUAUAUUCGUACAAGAUAUAAGUCAUAAUAUAUUAUAAUGUAAUUUAUAUACUAUAUAAAAAUAUAUGUUAUGCGCAAAAAUAUCGAAUAUCAUGGGUAAAAUAUUCGUAUUAUCCAUCAGCAGGAGCGAUACAACAAUUAUUCCGUUGGGUAUUAUUAAUAAUAAACGGCAGCAGCCCCGCCGUUGUCGUUACCUUUCCUUCUAUGGCGACGUUUUUUUAUCACCCACCUCUCUCCCGAAUGUCGCUCUUCGCCCUGAAUUCUUAUCUGAAUAAGAUCAUAUCGAUAACUCUGCUCACAUCGUGUCAUUAAUCCCAAUAAACAGUGAACUUACUUGGACGGUACGAAUAGCGACAUCUGCCAAGGCGCUUCAAAAGCACUAGCUGCGCGCAGGUCAACGCACCUGAGUACACCGUCGUGAACUGUCACCGCGUAUUUGCUCGCAAUUAAGAAUACACGUUUAAUUGCCGAGGGAAUUUGCAGUAGUGCGCUCGAAAUUUCGAAAUAAUAAUCAAGCGUCUGGGCGACGUGCAGAGGCCGAGAAACGCAACGGCGUGAUAAUGCUCAAUCGGCCGCAAAUCUGAGGGAACGAAAUUAUAACCUCUCUCUCUCUCAUUCUGCCUUCUUCUUCGCCGACGCAUGUUGGAUUUUCAUCGAAACCGUGCUCCGAUGUUUCCUCCGCGAGCGAGAAUUCUAACCUCGCAACCGUGUGCGGUGUGUUUCCUACCGGCCGGUGAUCUCAUCGAUACUAUGCUCGAGGAUUCGGUACUGUUCUAAGGAGCCGGUAAAUAUACAACCAUAGCGAUCACCUCGUGAAUUAGUCGGAAUUCGCUUAACUUGGAUCAUAGAAGUUGCAUCUGCUCGGAUGAGACGCUUCAUCGAACAAAUCAUUGAGGUCUACCUUGUGGAUUUACCAUCGAUCGCACAGUGCGGAGCGCGAGGAUGCCAAGUUACAUGAGCCUGAUCAGACUAAUCAGGCGACGUCUUGUCCUUGGGCUCAUCUUUGCUCUGUCACUGACCUACUGUGCCUUUUCUUUGCUUCGAAAUGAGAAAAGAUCGCUGAGCAUAGACAGUGACCUCGACGAUAUGGAUCCUAUGAUGAUUAAUGAUAACAACGAGGAUCUGAUGCCCGACGACGACACACUUCCAGAACAGUCGAGGACAUCCGGCAAACCUCCGCUGUGGCAGAUGGAAUUACUUGAGCGAGCCGUCAACACGGCGAAUGUGGACGCGGCUAACCUGAAUGAGAGCGACGCCUCCACUCAACCCUGCCGCAAUUCUAUUCAAGGAAAAGCUCUGAUAGUGGACGAGCGAGGCAUAGUAUGCGCCAGGCACGAAGUUCUGCCGAACGGAUGUUGCAGAAUGGAGCAGAAGCAGACUCCCAAGAGCGAAGACACGCCGAUCAUGGCCAGGAGGGAAAGAUACAGCUGCAAAACGUGCAAUCCUCAAGGAUGCUGUACCAUUUACGAAUAUUGUGUCUCCUGCUGUCUGCAUCCAGGCAAGCAAAUAAAAGGACGGAAGGACGUGGUGUCCGCGAAGGCGCAGAAGGAGGAGGACGCGGUGAGGACGCGCAUCCGCAAUCUGGAUCGCUUUCAGAUCUGCUUAGCCGCCUGUCGCACGUCGAGCGCCAGCGUGCGACACGAGAACACCUACAAGGACCCCUUCGCCAAGCACUGCUACGCCAUGCAGCCGUCGAAUUCCCACCCACGGCACCGUCGCGAUGUUGUUAGCUCGUUAAAUAAUAAUAACGGCGACAGUCCCGCCGUUGUCGUUACUUUUUCUUCUGUGCUGACGCUUUUUAUUACCCACCUCUCUCCCGAAUGUCGCUCCUCGCACCGUCCCGUCUACCGUCCCGAUCCCAACGCUAACGUUACUCGACACCUAUUAUAAUCACACGCGCCCUACCCCGAUAAAUAUUUAUCUGAAAUUGGUCACGCGUCAACCCUUCACAUCCCUUAACAUCCCCGAGCAUGAAGCAAGUUUU